GCGGGCCACGUCAGGCAGCCGGCGUGGGGCUGAGCUUGUGGCAGAAGGGAGAAUCUGCUUAUAUGUAAGAGAAAAUGUCGGAUGACAUCAGGAAAAGGUUUGAAUUUCCAAAUUCUCUUAUCCAGUCACAGGCUGUGGGUCAUCUUAUUGCUGCAGUUCUAAAGGAAAACAGCUUUUCAGAAAAGAUCCACCAGUGCACAAACCAGACUCCUGCCUUGAACUUGCUAUGGGAGAAGUGUUGCAGCGACAAUGUCGUAGUUCGGACAGCUUGCUGUGAGGGUCUGGUGGCCCUUGUUGCUCAGGAUCACGCGGAGUUCAGCUAUGUUCUCAAUGGGAUUCUCAACCUGAUUCCAUCAACCAGAAAUACACAUGGCUUGAUUAAAGCCAUUAUGAAACUAUUACAAAUGCAAGCUGUUAAGGAAGGACACAGUGGGGAGAAGAACAUUCAGGAUAUAUAUAAUAUUAGAAACCAUCCUCAGCCUUUGAUCACUGUUCUUGAGCACAGACCUGAUUGCUGGCCAGUCAUUUUGCAGCAGCUGACAGCUUUUUUCCAGCAAUGCCUUGAAAGGUCUGAAGUUUCAUGUAUCCAAAUUAUGGCACCAUUUCUAUGGUAUCUAUAUUGUGAACCAUCGCAGUUACAAGAAUAUGCUAAACUCCGAUUAACUCUGCUCAAAGUCUUACUCAAACCCCGGGUCCCUUGUGACAAAGAUCAACCAUCAGUACUGGAACAACAGAUACUUCAGCUGUGUUGUGACAUGGUUCCAUGUUUGCAGAUCAAAGAUUUGAUACAGACAACAGAAGUGAUGCUGUUUAUUGAAGAAGUAUACUUAAACCUUUUGCGUUAUCCUGUUUUCUGGAAAAUUCAGCUUACCCAGCUGACCCUUCAGCUGCUGUCUGUCUGUGAAGUCAGCUUAAACAUAACUGGGGAAUGUUCAUCUUUAAUUCACCUUUUAGAGCACAGUGUUGAACUUCUGAAGGAGGAUUUUCCUGUUGAACCAGUCAUAAUUGGAAUAGCUUUACUACUUCUACAGACUCCAGCAAGUCAACAGAAGCCAAUCUUAAGUCUAGCUCUGAAGCUCCUUUCUUCUGCUGAGAGUCAGAAGAUCCCAAAGUCCUCGUUGCUGCUAGUGAUGCCAGUCCUGCAGAUACUGUCUUCUACUGCCUUGGAAGACUGUAUAUCCAUGGAUGAAGAAGGUCCCUCUAGGCAGGAGUUGGCUCUAAACCUUUUAGAAAUGGUACAGCAGGAGUGCUACAGAGACGAGCACCAAAAGCUCUCCUACAAGCUUGCGUUCCCCAUAACCAGCAUGUAUGGUUCAGUAUUCACAGCCUGGAGGAUCCUUGAAGUGAUGAGAGAAGAGUCUGCGGCAAGUAACUGGCUGGCUUCUGUGGAGUCGCUGCUCCCUAUAACCACAGUGAUCCCUGCUCAUGUCUUUCUUCUGCUGGCUUACCUCCUUGUUGAAGAUAAGGGGCGAAAUCUUCACCAGAUACUGAAGGUCACUACAGAAUUAGCCCAAGCUGAUUCCUCUCAGGUACCGAAUCUGAUUCCAGUUUUGAUGUUCAAAUUAGGAAGACCACUGGCACCUGCGUUGUACAAUGAUAUCUUGUAUACUUUACCUACACUUGGUGUUCACAAGGUAUGCAUAGGACAGAUUCUACGAGUAAUUCAACUUCUUGGAACCACUCCACAACUAAAAGCUCUCACUUUGCGCUUGUUGACAUCUUUGUGGGAAAAACAGGAUCGUGUCUAUCCUGAGCUGCAGCGUUUCAUGGCCAUGUCCGAUGUGCCCUCCCUGUCUGUGGGCAAGGAAGUCCAGUGGGAGAAACUAAUUGCUAAGGCAGCAUCGAUCAGGGAUAUAUGUAAGCAAAGGCCCUAUCAGCAUGGUGCAGAUAUGUUGGCAGCUAUUUCCCAGGUUUUGAAUGAGUGCACCAAGCCUGACCAAGCUACCCCAGCAGCCUUGGUGUUACAAGGUCUUCAUGCGCUCUGCCAAGCUGAGGUGGUUUGUAUUCGCUCCACUUGGAAUGCUCUCUCCCCAAAGCUGAGCUGUGACACAAGACCUCUCAUUUUGAAGACCCUCAGUGAACUGUUUUCUCUGGUUCCUUCCUUAACAGUCAAUACAGCUGAAUAUGAGAAUUUUAAAAUUCAAGUCCUCAGCUUCCUCUGGAACCAUACUCAAAACAAGGACCCAGUUGUCGCAAAUGCUGCCUAUAAAUCUCUGUCACACUUUGGUGCUGGGGACCACACGAUUCUUCAUCUGCCUGAAGAGGUAAGACCAGAAAUCCAAACUCCUGAUGACCUAGAUGAAGAUGAAGAUGAGGACGGUGAUGAAAAAGAGGUGGAUCUUUCCAUUCCUGGCUCUUGCUAUCUCAAACUUUUGUCACUCACAGCUCCUUCAGUUUUACCAGCUUUGGAGGAAUUUUUUACAUCACUUGUGAAGCAAGAAAUGGUGAAUAUGCCCCGUGGGGUGUAUCACUCUGCAUUGAAAGGAGGUGCCCGCUUAGAUCAAGGAAAGACUGUAGCAGGAAUCCCCAAUUUUAUGUUGAAGAUGUAUGAGACAAAUAAGCAGCCAGGUUUGAAACCUGGCCUUGCGGGUGGUAUGUUAUUUUGCUAUGAUAUUUCAAUGUAUCAGAGUAAAGAUGGCAAACCGUUGCAUCGACUGAUGGCCAGUAGAGGGCGAAGUUUCAAGCAGACCUUACUUGCCCUAGUGCAUGAGGUUCAUAUCCAGCUUUCCGAGUGGCACCGGGCAAUUUUUCUCCCCCAGGCCUGGCUCGCGUAUGUGACUCGUGCUUAUCAUGCCAUUUUACAGGGAAGGAUAGGAGAACUGGAAUUGCAGUUAAAACAUGGAAAAGAAGGACCUGAAGAGGUGCAGUACAAAAAAAACACAGCCUGGCUCUGGGUUCGAGACAUGCUGACUGAUGAAGUCAUCAAAGCAUCUGCAAAAGACAGCCCAGUGGUCAAAGGCAACGCGCUGUUAGCCUUAAGCAGCCUCGCUGUCGUCGUUUCCAAACAUGAAGCCAGCCUCUGCUCAGACUCUGACGGAGUCCUGGAGGUUCAACCUCAUUUCCUGUCAGUGAAAGAUUGGGUUACCAUGGUGUUUGAUACCCUUCUGGUCAUUGUUGAUAGCCACUACCAACCCAGAGGACAAUUUUUCUCCUCAUUUUAUCAU